AUGCUACAAAAUCCUGUUUUCAUCAUUUCGGUCAUUAUUCCUAUCAUCAUAAUCGCCCCUAUUAUUUCCCCUGUUCCUUCCCCUAUUUUCAUUGGUCCUAUAGUUUCCCCUGUUUUCAUAAUCUCCCCUGUUGUUGUUGUUAUAACUGUUAUCGCCUCUAUAAUUUCCGCUAUUAUCAUUGUCACCUCUGUUAUUUUCUCUGUAGUCAUUAUCACCCCUGUUGUUUCCCCUGUUGUUGCUUCUAUAGUUUCCCCUGUUUUCACUGUCGCCUCUGUUGUUGCUAUUGUAAUCGUUGUCACCCCUGUUGUUGCUAUUGUAAUCAUUGUCCCCCCUGUUGUUGCUAUUGUAAUCAUUGUCACCCCUGUUGUUGCUGUUAUAGUCAUUAUCUCCCCUGUUGUUGCUAUUGUAAUUAUUAUCUCCCCUAUUGCUGUUAUUGUCUCCCCUGUUGUUGCUUCUAUAGUUUCCUCUGUUUUCACUGUCUCCUCUGUUGUAGUUGCUAUCACCCCUAUUGUUGCUUCUGUAGUUUCCUCUGUUAUUACUAUCCCCCCUGUUGCUGCUUCUGUAGUUUCCACGGUUUUCAUUAUCUCCUCUGUUGUUGCUAUUGUAGUCAUUAUCUCCCCUGUUGUUGCUAUUGUAGUCAUUGUCUCCCCUGUUGUUGCUAUUGUAAUUGUUAUCUCCCCUGUUGUUGCUUCUGUAGUUUCCACGGUUUUCGUUAUCUCCUCUGUUAUUGCUGUUGUAAUUGUUAUCGGCCCUGUUAUUGCUGUCGUAAUUGCUAAGUGCCCUAUUGUUGCUAUUAUAGUUAUCUCCCCUGUUGUUGCUAUUGUAGUCAUUAUCGCCCCUGUUGUUGCUGUUGUAAUUGCUGUCUCCCCUGUUGUUGCUGUUGUAGUUACUAUCUCCCCUGUUGCUGCUUCUGUAGUUACCCCUGUUGUUGCUUCUAUAGUUUCCCCUGUUGUUGCUGUUGUAAUCACUGUCACCCCGGUUGUUACUAUUGUAGUCAUUAUCUCCCCUGUUGUUGCUAUUAUAACUACUAUCUCCCCUGUUGCUGCUUCUAUAAUUUCCUCUGUUGUUACUAUUGUAGUCAUUAUCUCCUCUAUUGUUGCUAUUGUAAUUACUGUCUCCCCUGUUGUUGCUAUUGUAAUUGCUGUCUCCCCUGUUGUUGCUAUUGUAAUUAUUAUCUCCCCUAUUGCUGCUUCUGUAGUUACCCCUGUUGUUGCUCCUGGAAUUUCCCCUGUUGUUGCUAUUGUAAUCAUUGUCACCCCGGUUGUUACUGUUGUAAUCAUUAUCUCCCCUGUUGUUGCUGUUGUAAUUACUGUCUCCCCUGUUGUUGCUGUUGUAAUUAUUAUCUCCCCUGUUGCUGCUUCUAGAAUUUCCUCUGUUGUUGCUCCUGGAGUUCCCCCUGUUGUUGCUAUUGUAAUCAUUGUCAGCGCGGUUGUUGCUAUUGUAGUCAUUAUCUCCCCUGUUGUUGCUAUUGUAAUCAUUAUCGCCCCUAUUGUUGCUUCUGUAGUUUCCCCGGUUUUCCUUAUCUCCUCUGUUAUUGCUGUUAUAAUUAUUUUCAGCCCUGUUAUUGCUGUCGUAGUUGCUAAGUGCCCUAUUGUUGCUGUUAUAGUUAUCUCCCCUGUUGUUACUAUUGUAGUCAUUAUCUCCCCUAUUGUUGCUGUUGUAAUUACUGUCUCCUCUGUUGCUGCUUCUGUAGUUUCCCCUGUUGUUGCUCCUGGAGUUUCCCCUGUUGUUGCUAUUGUAAUCAUUGUCACCCCUGUUGUUACUAUUGUAAUCAUUAUCUCCCCUGUUGUUGCUAUUGUAGUCAUUAUCUCCCCUGUUGUUGCCGUUGUAAUUACUGUCUCCUCUGUUGCUGCUUCUGUAGUUACCCCUGCUGUUGCUCCUGGAGUUUCCCCUGUUGUUACUAUUGUAAUCAUUAUCUGCCCUGUUGUUGCUGUUGUAAUUACUGUCUCCCCUGUUGUUGCUGUUGUAAUUAUUGUCUCCCCUGUUGCUGCUUCUGUAGUUACCCCUGUUGUUGCU